GUCUCCCACGCCGCGGACCUCCACGUCAACCGUCUUGCAUCCUUUACCGUCCUCACUCGAUUUCUUUCCCAAACCCCUACACUAUGAUAGACUUCAAAGUUUUUUUCUCUACGUCGCCGUAAUCCCCUCUUUGUGUGGGUAUUCUGUUUUGGCUCUUCUAUUCCAACGUCAUAGAAGACUUCUCGAUUCUCACGCAAACUUUGUUCGUUCCACCGAUCCUGCAACCUCUAUCUGGCAGCUUUCGAGACUCGCCAUGGCCGCUGUUGCCCCUCUUGCUGCAAGCUUUGCACUUAUUUUUGGGGGCUGCUGCUCUAAUGUCUACUGUCUGGAAGCCAUUGUCAAACACGAACCCGAUAGCGGCCUUCUGAUUACGCUCUUUCAGUUCAUUUUCACCUGCCUUUCGACACUGCAUUAUCAAUUCGAUCCAAAUAGUCGCUUUUUCGUCAAGCCGUCGCCUGUUCCUUUUCGGAAAUGGUGCAUCAGCGCGGCAUUGUUCUUUACGGUCAACAUGAUGAACAACUGGGCGUUCGCAUUCAACAUCUCCGUCCCCGUCCACAUCAUCCUUCGCAGCUUCGGCAGUGUGACCACCAUGAUCGCUGGCUGGCUGCGGGGGAAGAAGUACACGCCUGUGCAGAUAUUUUCGGUCGCCGUCCUGACGCUGGGUGUGAUGGUUUCCGCCUGGGCAGAUGCGAUGUCAAAGGGCAAAACCAUGGACACAUCGAGCAUUGACUUCACUAGUACCUCCUUCGAGAUGGGACUUCUGAUUCUGCUUAUUGCACAGCUCCUUUCGGCAUACAUGGGUGCCUACGUCGAGGACAUUUACAUCCAACACGGCAACCAUUGGAAAGCCAACCUCUUCUACUCACAUCUCCUCUCAUUGCCGCUCUUCGCCAACUUCACGCCCGUUCUAUACAAACAGUACAUGCGUCUCCAUGCAUCUCAUCCAUUCCAGAUAUCGCCAAGUAUAGCGGCCAACUUGCCCCCAACGGUCAACAAGGCGCUCGCUUCCACAUCGCAGCAUGUCAUCUAUCUUACGGCUAACGCGGUAACUCAACUGCUAUGCAUUACCGGCGUCAAUAUCCUGAGCGCCAACACGUCGGCGGUAACUGUUACCAUUGUGCUCAACAUUCGGAAACUGGUCAGCUUCCUGCUCAGCAUUUGGAUAUUUGGAAAUCAAAUGAGUGGGAUGAUGAAGGUUGGAGCGGCUAUGGUGUUUGGAGCUGGUGCGCUAUAUGGGUGGGAGACCUCGUACAAGAUCCCGCAGAAGAAGAGGGCCGCUGCAGAGAUGGCAAAGAAAGAAUUAAUUUGGGAGUUCAUCAAGGCCCUCCGACGAGCUAUAACCAUGUCGUCUGCUGCCGCCGGCGUGCGGCAUCGCGGAAAGGACAAGAAGCGCCCGACCACGCCGAACCCAGAGACAGUUUCCGAGAAGGUCUCCACCGUCGUCGAGAAGGCGAAGAGGGAGUUUGCGCCGCAGCACCCGGGCAAAGAAUGGGACUACAAGAUCGCCAUUACCAUCAUCACCAUCCUUGCUUUCAUAACGCGGUUCUGGGGGAUAAGCCACCCGGCGCAGGUAGUGUUUGAUGAAGUGCACUUUGGAAAGUUUGCUUCCUACUACCUCCAACGCACGUACUUCUUCGACGUCCACCCUCCGUUCGGAAAGCUUCUCUUCGCGCUCGCCGGCUGGCUCGUUGGAUACGAUGGCGCCUUCUUGUUUGAGAACAUUGGCGACUCCUACAUCACGAACAAGGUCCCGUAUGUCGCCUACCGAGCCAUGCCUGCUACCAUGGGCGCCCUCACGGUACCGACAGUCUUCUUGAUCAUGUGGGAGUCUGGAUACUCGCUGCCGGCCUGCGUAACAGCGGCCGGGCUGUUGCUGUUCGACAACGCCCACAUCGGCCAGACGCGAUUGAUUCUGCUUGACGCUACCCUGAUCUUCUUCAUGGCUCUCUCGGUGCUAGCCUACAUUCGAUUCUAUAAGCUUCGUCAUGUUCCUUUCAGCCGCAAGUGGUGGAAGUGGCUUCUUUUGACCGGCGUCUGCCUGAGCUGCGUCAUCUCCACCAAAUACGUCGGAACUUUUACUUUUUUCUCCAUCGGCGUCCCCGUCUUGAUUGACUUGUGGGAUCUCAUGGAUAUCAAUCGACGUCAGGGAGCCUUGAGCCUUCCGGAGUUUGGCAAACACUUCGCCGCUCGCGCGACCGGUCUGAUCAUCGUUCCUUUCUUCCUCUACCUCUUCUGGUUCCAGGUCCAUUUCUCGAUUCUUACCAAAUCCGGGCCAGGAGAUGACUUCAUGACGCCGGAAUUCCAGGAAACCUUGAGCGACAACGUCAUGUCGCUUCAGUCCGUCGGCAUCAAUUACUACGAUGUCAUCACAGUUCGUCACAAGGACACCAAGGUGUACCUCCACAGUCACCCAGACCGCUACCCGCUCAGGUACGACGACGGCCGUAUCUCUUCCCAGGGACAGCAGGUUACUGGAUACCCCCACAACGACACCAACAACCACUGGCAGAUCCUACCUUCAAAGCAGCUUCCUAGCACCAAGGACCAGCGUGUCAAGGUGGGAGAUGUCAUCCGUUUGCGCCAUUUGAUCACCGAUACCAUACUCCUUACCCACGAUGUCGCUUCGCCCUUCUACCCCACCAACCAGGAGUUCACCACCAUCGGACAUGAAGAGGGCGAUGGCACUCGAUUCAAUGAUACGCUCUUCGAAAUCAAGGUUGAGGGUAAAGGCAAGGGUGACUUUAAGACCAUGUCUACCCACUUCAAGCUCAUUCACGUGCCGACCAAAGUCGCCAUGUGGACCCACACAACUCCUCUUCCUGAAUGGGCCUACAAGCAAGCCGAGAUCAACGGCAAUAAGAACGUUCAGCAGAGCAGCAACACCUGGUAUGUUGACGACAUCCCGUCAUUGCCGGCUGAGGACGAGCGAAACAAGAAGGAGCCCAAGCAGGUCAAGCGCCUGUCGUUCUUGAGAAAGUACAUCGAGCUCCAGCGCGCUAUGUUCUACCACAACAACGCCCUGACGAGCUCUCAUCCCUACGCAUCCUUCCCUAUCUCGUGGCCUUUCCUCCUCCGAGGUGUUUCUUUCUGGACCAACAACGACACCCGCGAGCAGAUUUACUUCCUUGGUAAUCCGCUUGGCUGGUGGCUUGCGUCCUCUCUCCUCGCAGUUUUCGCUGGCAUCAUUGGUGCUGACCAGCUGGCCCUACGCCGUGGCAUGGAUGCCCUUGAUGAACGUACACGCUCCCGCCUCUACAACUCCACAGGAUUCUUCUUCCUCACCUGGGCCGCUCACUACAUUCCAUUCUACAUCAUGGGCCGCCAACUCUUCUUGCACCACUACCUCCCCGCGCAUCUGGCCUCUGUUCUCGUCACCGGCGCCCUCGUUGAAUUCAUAUUCAACAUUGAGCCCGUGGACCCCGAAUCGCCGCCUCCUCCGGGCGCCACCACCGCAAAGGGCCACCGCCGGACGAUGUCGAAACCUGUCCGCGAGCGCGUCGCUACGCAGAGUCUGUUGGGAAGCUGGAUCGCUACUAUCGUCAUCCUGUCCGUCGUGUGCUGGUGCUUCCUCUUCUUUGCGCCGUUGACGUAUGGUAAGCCCGGCUUGACUGUACCUCAGGUCAAUGCUAGGAAGUGGCUCGCGUAUGAUUUGCACUUUGCGAAAUAGGCAUCGAGCACUCUGAGGCGUUUGGAUGUGGGUGGGGCUAGUGAAUCGUAGGGGAAGGAGGAAGGUAGAGUUGGUUUACUUUGCGACUUUCUUCGUACAGAUCAGUAGGGUAAAAAGGUGCAAAGCGCGGAGUGUGCUGGGAUUGAUUGGAUUGGCCCGCGCGGUUCUUCUUUUGUGUCGACUAUAUCCACUCUCGAAAAGAAAUAGGCUCAUCCAUGCUCGAAAUUUCAUUUGCGUCGUCGUUGAGACUGUGUAUGAUUUGGAAUGAAAAUUUUGAUGUAUAUUAUCCUUUCUAUCUACCUAGCUUCCUACCGGUUGAGCGAUGGUGAAUACAGUUGGUGCAUAACAUGAAUCUAGUCCUGCCCAACCACCCAAACCAUAUCCCGGAAGAUCGU